GUCAUGCUGUCCGCUGGCCAAGCAGGGAGAUUGAUAGAUAAACAAGCCCGGCUGGUUAUUCUAGGCUUAUUACAGCUAGAAUAUAAAGAAGGGAUUUAUUUCAUUAAGAAACACUACAACGCAUGAACAUUUUACUGCUGUAUGGAAAACGCAACAACGCAGCCAGAGUGGUGGGAGUGGCACCUUUUUGUGAAUAUGAACCAAGAAUGGUAGCCUACAUACAAAUGAAUAUUCUUGGCAUCUCUGUCUUUUCUCUCAUGCUGCUACCUCUGGCGUUGUCUUGUGACAGCAACAGGACUAUGAGAGAGAUCGCUGAGGACUACGAGACUGUCAUCUACCCGCUCCUUCAGAACCUUGAGAACAACAUCACGGAAUCAUUAAAAGUGAUUAAUAAAACCUGCACGGAGAAGGAAAUCGCUGAAUGUGAGAAGGAUAAAGAGAGACAGUUCAUCCACAACAUGCUGUGUAGGCAUACCAGACUCAUCAGGCUCUAUAAGCUAGAGAGGCUCAAGAGAGACAUCCUGUGCUCACUGGGCCGCCACUGUCCUAGAAAACAGAGGAGUUCACAAGGACAGAGCGCACACCAUCAGCAUCCGAAUAGAAAGAAGAAGUCAGGAGGAGAAAGGGAGGAGGAAAACGAGAAAACUGAGGAGAACAGAGGGACCACGGAGGAAGGAGGGGAGAGGGUGGACAGUGGGAAACAGCAGAGACGAGAUAAAGGGGAGGAAAGGAGGAGCACAGAGGCCAUGGAGCGGAGGAGGAGACGGUGUGGACAGAAGGUGUUUGUGGACAGCUUGAAUGGGUGCUACAUGUCCCUGGCUGAAAGAUAUGGAGGCCUGAGAUGAGAGGAGAGAUGUGGCCCGGAGCUAACCGCACCAAGAACCAACAAACUUACUGUAAAGUGUAUAGUUACUGUAAAGAAAAAAAUGAUACCAUGCGUCCUGUAAAGUAGUAUCGUCUUGCCAGACACUUACUUAGAAUAAAAGUGUCUGCUAAAUAUUCAUCCUAUUAUAAUAGACAAAGGCGAAAAUCUCUGUGGUACCUAACAAAUUGUGAGGUGUUCUGUUACAAUGAUGAAACUCUUGUGUCGUAAUGAUAAGUCUGUGGCACAGUGCAAUUAUCCUAAAGCAAACAAACAAAGAUGAUUGAUUGCUUGUGUACAAAUGAAGUGCACUUUUGAGUAGAGAGACUUGUUGUAGCUCAUGAUGUCCCUCUUUCUGCUCCAGUUAGUGGUAUUGGGCAGUGAGCCUGGCCUUGGGUGUGUGACAGUGUUGCUUUAUUAUUAUAGAAUGGCAGUUUGAAAGCCUAUUACGCCAAGGAUGUUUGCUUUCAACUUAGUGUCUUAACUGAAAUCCACAUAGGGCUACUAAAACCUUCCCCAAAAACUUCCUGUGAAAUUCAACCAACGCCUUUCGCGCAAGCCUUUUUCCCUUAUUUGAUGAAUGAUGCUCAUCUUGACCUGAUUUCAAGCUUUGUAGAGUAGUUUUCCAAGCGUAAGGCAACAUGAUAUCCAAUGUUGUCUUAUUGUAACUGUAGCAUUGGUUUUAGUACUAUUUAUUUUUAUUCUGAAAUCAUAUUGACUCACAAGUGUUAACUGUACCCCUGUAAUCCUUUUAUUGUGAAGCACUUAAAUUAUCCCCUGCGUGUGUCAGAGCAAAAUAAGACGUUUUGAUGUUGAUGUGAUCCUUAGGCCACUAUAACUCUACAUUAAUAGAGUUUAAACUGCCAUUGUGGUUUUGCCUGGGUGCCAGUCUGUUUCUGCUGUUGCCAUUUAAUACUUUCAAAGCCUGGGGAAGGAGAAUAUGUGCAUUAAUUACUCUGAUCCUUAUAAUGUGACAAAGUGGUAGUUGUACAUGCUAGCAUGAUUAAUUAUGCAUUUAUAUUGUAACAUUUUAUUUUGUUUAGUGUUUUGUUGCUCAAGCAUUUGAUUCAUAGUGUCUUAUGCUACAUUCAUAACCAAGUGGGAAGGUGGUAAUUACCUGUUGUGAAGUCGUAAAUAUGAGUUGGAUGCGUUCACAUGCUUUCAACUCAUUGAGAAAGCUGCAUCAAACCAUAAACUAAAAGUAUAGCUGUCAUGCUUAAACAAAUUAUAGUCUUCAAAAACAAUAUGAAUAGAUUGCUUUUCAUAAAUGUUUCUUGUUGCAUUUAACUGUUGAAAAUGCUGUUAUUGAGGUAAUUUCCUUAGUAGGUGAGUUCAGCAUGUGGGUGAAGUCGUAGCUCAGGGAUCAUAGACGAGUUUCCCACUAGUAAUUGCGAGUUGGAAGGGCAUUCCAGGGGAUUUCUCCCUGUCGUAUGGUCCUAUGUACGAAUUUAUGAGGUCUUAUAUAGAGCUUCAAAAUAAAAACAACCAAUACAUCAUCAUGAGUAGCUUAGCUAUAGUAAAGGUCAACCAAUAGAGGUCAAGUCUUUGAGUGCAUGCAUCCUCCAAAGAUGGAGAGGGACAGUUCAUGGCUUGAUCAGGUGACCAGGGAGAUGGUGAUGAAGAGUCUGGUGACGAUCAUGUAGAGGGCUACUCUGGGAAACAGCCUAAGUCAUGUAGCUACUGGACUUCUCCCUCACAAUGUAUGGCACCCACUUGGGUGAUGCCUCGUCAGCUCUGGGCAUCAGUCGUCCUCAUUAUGAGCCCUUUGCCUCAGCACUCCAAUUCCUCUCAAGCUUCAGGUGACUCUUCAAUUGAUGUUUUCAAACUCCAAAGAUCAGGAACCAGCAGCCAGGUGAAACAAAAAAAGCUGGUACAAUGUCUAGAUGCAUCAUUCAAACAAAAACAAUUUGCCAGCUAGCUAACUAGCUAGCCAAGCCAAAGAGUUGACCUGCCAGUCCAUCUUCAAAUCUGUGGGUUAAAACCCCCAUGGAUAUGGAAUAAAACUCAAUGUUAUAAAAAAAUAAAACAGCUGAUACAAAUAUAUAUUUAAAACACAUACAAAUGAUGAAAUAUGUUCAUAUUUACAGGAUCUCUCUGCUUAGGCUGCUACUGGGGCGCUAUGGAAACUAUAGAACCAAUAAUAAGCCCAUAUGGGCUGGGCACCAAAUGGUGUAUGACAUGGAAAACAAAAAGGAAACAAACAGAUAUCAGGCUGAUUGAGUUAUGAUUGUGUUAUCCAUGUACUGUAUACUAUGUA